GCAUCUGCAGUUCCCAUUAUCUCUUUCUUUCAUCAUCAACUGUGCCAGCUUGUUCCAUACAUGCACCACCCUCUGUGUGAAAAUUUUUAAAUCUUUUCCCUUUCAGCUUAAACCUAUGCCAUCUGGUUUUGGACUCCCCCUCCCCCCUGCCAGCCUUCGGCAAAGGACCUUGUCUACUGUCUGUUUACUGUAUCUACGUCCGUCAGGAUUUUAGAAACUCAGACAGUCACCCCUUAGCCUCUGACAAUUCGGGAAAACAGCCGCAGCCUAUUCAGCAUUUCCCUGUCGCCCAAAAUCCUCCAAUCUCUGCAACAUCCUUGUAAAUCUUUUCUGAACCCUUUCAAGGUUCAUAACAUCUUUGCUACAGCAAGGAAACCAGAAUUGAACACAGUAUUCUAAAAGUGGCCUGACCAAUAGCUUAUACAACUGUGACAUGACAUCCGAACUCCUAUACUCAAUGCUCUGACCAGUGAAGGCAAGUGUUCCAAAUGUCUUCUUCACCACUUUGUCUACCUUGACUCCACUUUCAAGGAACUAUGAACCUGCACAUCUAAACCCGAAACUAUUUGUGGAUAAAUCUGCCACAUUCAUUUUAAAAAUGGCAUAUGUUAAUUUCCAAGAAAGAGUUAAGCAUUAACAUAAAGCCAAGAACUGCGGAUGCUGGAAAUCUGAAACAAACAUGGAAAUCUUUUGAGAAACUGAGCAGAUCUGGCAGCAUCUGGGGAGAGAAAACAGAGUUCAUGUUUCAGGUCCAAUGACUAUUUUUCAGAAAUUUAAUUUCCUUGAAUUUCCUCAGAGAGAAUGGGACUGAGUCAACAGGUUUUUCUUUUGUAUUCAUUCGUGAGAUGAUUCACUGGCUAGGCCAGCAUUUAUUGCCCAUCCCGAAUUGCCCAGAGGCCACUUAAGAGUCAGCCACAUUGCUGUGGGUCUGGAGUCACAGACUGUCCUCUAAAAUGCCUGAAGGACCCGAACUGCACCUGGCCGCCAGGUUUGUUAACCAGGUCUGCAGCGGCACUGUAUUCUCGGGGCAAGUAGAAAAGUCUGCGGUGAGCAAAAACUGUGAGGUGCCUUUCAAGUGUGACGCCUACCUCAUCUCCGCGGUGUCGAGAGGGAAAGAGGUCAAACUGACCCUUGCCUCCAUCAAAGAGGAGGGUGGCAAGGAAGGGAUCACGUCCAAUGGGGUGGAACGGGAGGAUGGUCUACCAGCGCCGAUGGACGUCGUCUUCCGCUUUGGCAUGUCCGGCUCCUUCAAACUGACGACUGAGGAGGACAUCCCGAAACACGCCCACCUCAAGUUCUUCACCAAACAGAAACCCAGGCAGGUGUUGUGCUUUGUUGACCCCAGAAGGUUCGGGAGUUGGGAAGUCAACGGGAUCUGGCAGCCGGAUAGAGGACCGUGCGUGAUGCUCGAAUACGAGAGGUUCAGAUCGAACAUACUGACAAACCUAUCGGACAGAGCGUUUGACAAGCCGAUCUGUGAGGUGCUGUUGAAUCAGAAGUACUUCAAUGGUAUUGGCAAUUACCUCCGAGCAGAGAUUCUCUACAGGUCAAAAGUCCCCCCUUUUGAAAAAGCCCGGACUGUUCUGGAACCUUUGCUGCACAAAGAAACGACGAAUGAGUUACCUUUGAGCAAGAAGAUAAAGAUAAAGAUGCAGAAUCCUGAUCUUCUUGAGCUUUGUCACAUGCUUCCGAUGGAGGUUAUUAAUUUGGGUGGCAAGGGUUACGAUCCCGAGCACGUAGGUGAAUCCUCGGCCUUUGAGGACUGGCUCCAGUGCUACAACGUCGAUGGAAUGCAGUUGUUACGUGACAGUAAUGGAAGAACCAUUUGGUUCCAGGGAAACCCAGGACCCAUGGCACCGAAAGGAUCCAAGACUCCCAAGCCCAAGUCUCGGGGAAGAAAGGAAACGGACAGAAGUGGAAAGAAAACAUCAAGAUCCGAGGAUUGUGACCCGAGCGAAGGGAGGGUGAAGCCGGAGCAGCGGAAAGCUCGCAAGGCCCCCGUGGAUCCUUCCCAGAGGAGGGGCCGGAGCUCCAGAGCGGAUAGGGGGCAGGCUGCCAAGACGGUAGAGGCUAGCGGGGGAACUAGGAAAAUGGCCGCUCGGCGUGGGAAGAAAUCGGUGGCCAAACCAUCAUCUCCCACAGAGGUUGCGACAGAUUCUGAAAGCCUGAUCAAACGAAAAAUGAAAUCUAGAACCAAAUCGAGGAAGCGGGCAACAAAUACUCUUGUAAAAUCUGAAUCUUUGAAUUAAAGCGGUUUUAUUAAGCUACAGGUAUAGAUGAGAUUGUAUAAAGAUGUGCAGAGCUAUCAGCAAGCAGAUAAGGAACCACUUCGCACAAUUGGGUUACAUUCCCAAGGAGAUGACAAUUCCUGAUUUCUACCCAUUAACUGUUCCCCGCCCGCCCUUUGGAUUACAUAGCGUGAACCUUGUUAAGCAAUAAGUGAUUUUUAAAAAUUAUUUUCUAUUUUUUAAAUGUGUGUCUAGUUUUUUAAACUGGAAUAAAUUCUCAGCCAUGUUUUAAUGAAAAA